ACGAGGCGCGAUCGAAUGACGCAACGUGUCGCGUCUCCCACAAAAAUAAACACGAAAAAAAAUGUAGCUAGACGAAAUAUAUGAAAGUAUUAAAAUCACGCGACGCGGCUUCACGCACGCGAACAACGGAUUAAAAUUCAGUGUUUUUGUUUAUUUUUUGUUAAUUACAGAUUACAUUUAAAAGUUUUGAGUGGUGUUGUGUGAUUGGUGUGUACCUACGUCCCGCAGUUGGUAUAAUUUGCCUCGCUGUGUCUUGGCUUGGUAACUGGAAGCAGAUAAACCGCAAACGAAAACCAUGAACGAGAUAGAACCAAACUUACUUCCCCCACGAGAGUCGAGACACAGAAUCGACUCCACAUAAGAAUGACAUCAAGCCACCUUCUGAUGUCAAAAUACCGAAAGCCGAUGCAAUGUCAGACGGUGAAGAGCAACAUGAAAAACCCGACCAAAUUCAAAAUGAACAGAAUCACAGUAAAUUUUCUGAUGACGAUAGUCAUCUUAGCUUUGUUGCCUUAUAGCUCGACACUGAGUUUGCCGAAUGGUGAUCCUGCCCCGGGCAGAUCGCCGGGACCACCUCAACUGGAUGACAAAGAAGUCGCAUCUGAUGAUAAAGCUAUAGAGAUUCCUGAGGUUUACGAUGAAACAACGACUAGUGAGGAAGUUAUAGAAGUGACAACUGUGAGUGAGGUAGUGAGUGAAAGUACGGUGGAUAUCAGUGAUGCAUGUGCCUUCGCGAGGAUCCCGAGUGACAGUGACGAUAUCGUCACGCUCAGUGACGCAGAUAGUGACGUUAACCUGACGCUUAGCCAUCCCGUGUUCGAAGCUGACCAGCUGGUGCGGGGAGUGGUUUACGAUGUCCACCUUCAGUUCGAGGACAGCACACUCCGAGACUACGUCCUCCACUCGAUAGUGGACAACUUCAUCCGGGGGAACUUCACCCCCACCUCGUACUCCGAGCGGCCCUGCAGAGACGAGACCCUCCCCUACUUCCUCCCAAAGCACAUGCGAACCGAGCGUUCAAAACACGUGAAAAAGUCCAAAAAAUACGGAGUGCCCUAUAGGACAUUCGAAGACUAUAGUAUAAAAAGUGUAGAUAGCCUUAGUGAUGGGUAUUACUUCAGACCAAAAUAUCGUAGUUAUAGAGACGAGCGGUCGGUUUAUCGAAGGUUCGCGAAGAGUUUGCGGAUGAGAAGGCGGUACCUGCCGGCGCGCGUGGUCAGCGGUCCGCUGGCCAGCAGGCCGGCUGUGCUGCUGCAGUGGUCCCUCAAUGAUGCCGUGCAUUUAGAUAGUGAGGGAACUAGUGUUGUUUUUAGGUUACGUUAUAGAAAAACAACGAGUGCCACCAUAUACCAAGUGUUCUUUACUAAAAAAUUAAGAUUAGAUUGUGCAUUACGGCUGCGGAGUGUGCGCGUGGGGCGCGUGCACUCGGGGCACGUGCCGCGCGCGCACGGGUGCCGCGUGCUCGUGCCCGCGCCCGCCGCGCGCCGCGCGCUGCUCGUCGAGCUGCACAAGCUCAACGUGCCCUGCGCCGCCGGCUUCAUCCGCUUCGCCCCCAACACGCCCACGCUCUGCGGGAAGCUCGACCAAAUCCCACCCCCCAACAGAAAGUUCCUCUACACGUCCGCCAACAAAAACCCCGUCAUAGAACUCCACGGCCGACCCACGUUCGCCGCGAUAUACCGUCUAGUAGACCAUUGUCACAAUGUUCUGCUCACGGGAAGAAACGGCUCGUUCGAAGUCGGCCCCACCGUAAAACUCUCAUGUUCGUAUGAGAUCCACCUGCCGUACGGCAACCGUGUCGCUCUGCGGCUACAAAUGGGCACAGGACCAAUGAAGGCGAAGGAAAAUGACGUGUCCAACAUUAUACAUGAGGAUGUACAAGCUUUGUGUAGAGGUAUGGAGUUAAGUUUAGAAGAUGGAGACUCGAAGUGGAAACACUGUUCGCAACCGGGGGAUCCUUUAAGAAGUGUUCAGAUAGUGUCGGAAGGGAACGCUGUGAGGCUGAAUAUUAGUAUAACGGCGAAGAAGAAUGCCUCAGCGAUGUGGUUGAAGGUUUGGUGGAUGGACAAGGCUGUGGAGGAGAUCGUGGGGCACUGCGAGUACGGGUGGGUGCUGUCGGGGGACUUUUGCAUAUCAGCGGUGCGGGAGGCGAAGAAAGCGUGGAGGCAGGCAGAAGCAGAGUGUGUGAGGCUCGGGGGACACCUCGCCAGUGUGCUCAAUGAGAGGCAACAGCAAAUUAUGGACCAACUACUUAUACAUGCCCCUGGUGCCGGAGUGGAUGACGUGUACUGGAUCGGAGCGACUGAUGCCGUCCAUGAGGGGGAGUUCCGAUGGUCCGAUGGAUUGCCUUUCUCUUAUGCACACUGGUUCCCGGGCUGGCGCAAGCACAGUGGCCAGCCGAAUGACGACGGCACCUCCGGGCAGGACUGCGUGGAGGCUCGCCGGGAGUUCCCCCCGCGUCCCCCGGCUGCUGACACCUUCAUGUGGAACGAUAGGGGCUGCAGGGAGCAUAACUACUUCGUCUGUGAGAAGCCUGGUGUUGAAGACCCCUACAUAGCAUCAAAGAUUCUCUGCAACGAGACGAUCAUACUGUCCCACACACACCCGCACGCCAUAGUGUCGAGCCCCGGCUUCCCCCGGCCCUACCCGGACGACGUGCAGUGCGUCAGUGAGAUCCGAGCGCCGCCCGCGCACACUCUGCGCCUGCACUUCGAAGAGUUGCUCACUGAACAUGAACCACACUGCAGCUACGACUACCUGGAGAUCUCGGAGACGGGCGUGGACAACAGCAGCGAGCAUCACGAGUGGCAGCUGCGAGACCACCAGGAGGCCUUCAGCUCAGACACUGAGAUUUGGGAAGAAACAGAAACCCAGCUCCCCGAGUCAGACUCCAUAAGCGCGGGCUGGAUGCGCGACGCCCACGCGUUGCGCGCGCGCCGCCUCUGCGGCGACUGGAGCGGGAAGCUCAAACUGCUGCGGUACCAGUCUAGAGGGAACGUGCUGCGUCUGCGCUUCAGAGCUGACCACUCCCGGCAUUACGCUGGGUUCCGGGCGAAGGUCACUGUUACUGAUUCGCAAUCGUGUAUGGACUCAAAACAAGUGCUGUUCAAUGGACAUUGCUACCUCUUCUCCGGAUACCCAAAAGCCUCCUGGGCCACUUCUAAACAGGUGUGCGAAGGCCUAAACAUGCAUCUAUCAUCGGUCCACUCAGCAGACGAGGAACGCUUCAUAGUAUCAGGUAUUCGACAAAGCAGCGACUACAGCGCUGGGUCCGUCUACUGGCUCGGAGCCCGGCAGGGGGGAGAAGAUGGCGACAGCUUGACCUGGAUCGAUGGAAGCGCUUUAGGGUACCAGGGAUGGCCGCCGUAUAACGAUACGGAGGAAGUUGCUGAUGCGUGCUUGGGUAUUCAGUGGAAAUCAUCACCGGUACCGUCACUACCUAGUGGAUUGUUUUGGACUCUACACAAGUGUGGCGUGACAGGAGGGUAUGUGUGCAAGCGACGACUUAACCCCGAACAUAUCGUUAAGAACAGGACUGUUGAAGGAACUUCAGGUGUAUUAACAAGCCCAAAUCACCCUGGAAUGUAUGACAACGACCUCGAUUUCUGGGUACACGUGGUCGGACCCCCGGAUACACGACUCGUAUUUGUUUUCGAAAAUAUAGACCUGGAAUACCAAAAGGAUUGCCUUUAUGAUUUUGUUGAGCUCCGUGACUCGUGGAACAUGAAGUCAUCGAGAUACUGUGGUUCUGUGGGGGAGGCGCGCUGGGUCGCUGAAACUAACAAAGCUGUCCUGUACUUCCAUUCUGAUUACACCACCCAAGGUUCUGGAUUCUCCGUGUCCUGGCGCGCCGUGGAGCUGGUGGGCUGUCCCUCGCAGACCUUUACGUCAAAGGAAGGUGUUCUCCGAAGUCCCAACUACCCUCACUUUCUGCUACCCAAUUUGGAUUGUACUAUCGAUAUCCUAGCUCCUACAGGCAAGCGCGUAUUCUUAAACAUCAGCCACUUCGAUUUCGGCUACGGAGUAUUCGCAAAAGGAGUUCCAAUCAACGUCUCCGACUCGAUCCCUGAAGAUUCCUUCAUAGACGUUCAGAUAGAUCUGCAGAACCCGCCAAUAAGACCGUUUGUGAACCCCAAAAUACUGACCAAUGGUCUCUUCGUGUCGCAGUCAGAAGUGCUAAGGUUGAGGAUCAAAACCGGCGAAAAUGUUACCGGACCGGGGUUUAUAGCUUAUUUUAAGACUAUAAGCUACCUGAACGCGUCUCACGUGGUGGAGGUGUCAGCGGGCGCGGACGGGCGACUGGCGGCGCCCAACUGGCCGCAAGCCGCGCCGCCUCGCGCCGCGCUGCGCACGCGGCUAGUCGCGCCGCACCAGCACACGCUGACGUUGGCUUUCUCCGCCACCACGCUGGUGACUGCUGCUGAUGAGGCCUGGCCUUGUGGACCUGGGAGGGGGUGGAUACAGGUAAAAGACAGCUACACAGACAACAACGGGACGGAAUGGACUCUGUGCGAGGUGGACAGGAGCAAGAGGAAGCUGGAGCCGCGCGCGCCGCUCGUCAUCAACUCCUACCUGCACUCGCUUAGCCUCACGCAGCAUGCUGGCGAGCGAGGCGUUAAUAUGGAUGUGGCACUCAUGGUGAAAGAAGACCCUGAAUACCACAGCAAGGUCCUGUUAAUAUCUGAGGAGGCUAGCGUGGAGUCUUGCUAUCCGAACCCUUGUCUACACGAUGGCAGAUGUACUACGGAGGACAGCAGAAGUUUCUGUCAGUGUGCUGGAUAUUAUGCGGGUAUAUUCUGCCUGGUGACGGCAUGCGAGCGGUCUCCAUGCAUGUACGGCAACUGUUCACUGGUGGCGGGCGGCGCGGCGGGAGAGGCGUGGUCGUGCGCAUGCGCGCGAGGCUGGCGCGGGAAACGCUGUGCCGAGCGCGUGCGGCCCUGUCAGUCCAAGCCUUGUAACAACCGCGGCGCCUGCACUGAGAGGGACGGGGGCUUUCUGUGCCAGUGUAAUCCUUCGUGGAAGGGGAAGAGAUGUGAAACCCCAAACCCGUCCCCCAACAUAAUCAGCCUGGGCCAGCGCAUGCUGCAGGAGCCGUUCUGGCUCGGGCUGAUCACGGUGUUCGUGGUGCUGGGCAUGAUCGGCCUCGUGUGGUGCGCCAAGCGCCACUUCCCCGAGAAGAUCGAGAAACUCCUCGCCGAGGAGGCCGACCGCUGCGCGAGACCGCCGCUGCUGGAGGCGGCGCCGCACCGCACGCUGCUGACGCGGCUGGGUAUCCGCAAGCCGUCCGUGUCGGGGCUCGCGCCGCACCCGCGAGCCGCGCGCACCUUUAGCUUGGACGAUCUGUUAAAGCCGCCGCCCGGACGCACCCCAUCGCCACGUAAAAAACGCAAUAAUUCUACGCCGACUAAGAAAAACGCUGCCGAGAAAAAGCAAAUUUUGCAACAACUUAUAAGUCCUGCGACUGCUAACGAUCAUUCAAAGAAAAUAACGAUGGGAGAUCUGAUACAGAUGUCUGAGAAGCGCACGUUGAGCACGGUGGAGAGCGCACCGGCGUUCAUGGACUAUGGGAAUGAGAACAAGGAGACUUCGUUUGCGAGUGAAGCUUCAACGCCGUCGACGUCACCCUCCAUGCGACACAUAUCAGACCCUAAAUUAGAGAAGAAGGUGACUUUUGCGAGACUUCUCAACAAAGUGUCAGCUGAAAUGAGCUCCAGUUCUGACGUCGAUAUGGUGAACACCAUAACGAUACCUAUGGCGGUGAUCGCGGAUAGAGGGAUGAGAGCGAAGGCGUCGAGUACGCCGCCAUCGCCUGGUGUGGAAGUCAGGUCACCUCACAGUACUUCCAGCAACCAAGGAAGUGAUUCAAUGUCGAGUCUUGAUUUGACGUUGACACAUGCGGCACUGAAGAAAUAUUCCAGACAACCAAAAAUCUCAAGUGCUGACUCAAUACUGGCGAUGUUCCGGAAUUUCUCAUCGUCAUCAGCAGCGAUAGUGUCCAGAGCGUCGUCAGGCGGAGUGUCCGUGUCCAGUACACCUUCAGCGUCGUCUCCUCAAGAUGACACGGUGGAUGCUGAUGACAUUUCGAUAGCAUCAUCACACAUACCAUCAUUGGCACCAGACUCGCCUGUCACUAGGCCACAUAAUACGAUUGAGAUUCAGGUUCUGGACCCUCUAAGUGCACACAAAUCAUCAUCAUCAGGUAGCAACUUACUCCAUCCACCGUCCAUUCUUCUAGAAGUACCAAGUGGGAUCAACAAGUGCUUGUCCCCGAUACGAGAGCUUCCCACCCCCUUACCGACCCCACUUCCUACACCCCUACCCACCCCUCUGCCGUCCCCUAGACUACCGAGAGCUAGUAUAGACAUGGAUGCUAAGAGCGAGUCAACUGCGACUGUCAUGUCGCCCAGUGAAGAUGAACUAGAUGAAAUUAAGUGUGAAACGAAGAUGGAAAGGUCUACGUCUGGUUUGCGGUUGAAGCUUCGGCCACCCCUGCUGAGCACUGACACGACGACCACGCCGACAUCUUCAACCCACGUAACCGAGUCCCCUAGCCUCAGCCUGUCCCCCGGGCAGUCGUCGCCGCCGCGGCUGGCGCUGGCCGUGCCGCUGCUGACGGUGCAGCGCGCGUCGCCCGGCUCGCCGCCGCCGCGCCGCACUCCCCCGCACCUAGAGUUCCAGCCACCCCCCCUCAUCACCGUCACGUAUAACGCUAGCGAGGAGUCCGACGAGCCCCUGUCCCCCCGGCCGCCCCCGCCCUCCGGCAACAUGUGCUACCUCAGCCCCUUCUCCAUGUCCGCGCGGGGAGAGCGCGCCCCCUCAGAGUCGAACCUGUCCUCGUCAGGGUACAGCUCCAUGGCCAGCCCGGGACCUUCGCGCUGCGGCUCGAGCAAUCCUCUGUGCCCUUCGGAGAUGGAGGACCCCGGCUCCGGCGGAGGCCCGUCCUGCUUUCAGUCGCGGAGGCGGCCGCUCAUGAAGACCAACUCGAGUCCGGCGGCGGCCAACGACGACAGUAAGGAACGUAGGCGAGGACGAUCCGACUCCGAAACGCUAUCCGACGACCCCUUGUUAGAAUCCAACGACGAAGGCAUAGGGACAGACGAGAGAGUAGAUGACGUACCAACCAGUGCGAAAGAGAUGGAACUAGUUGCACUGAAAGAGACUUUAGAAGUUCCGCAGGCGACCCUGUGCUCUCCUAGUGGAGUGACCAAGUGUUCUAUAGUUAAGUGUGUUAGUGUCGAGAGAGGACUAGACGAGAAGGCUAGCUUGAGGCCUCCCACUUUGUUAUCAGAAGGUAGUAGACCUCUGAGUCCAGUCAGUUCGAGGAGCGAGAGUCCGUUGAGCGACAAGACUGGUUUGGGGAGAUUUUCACCGCAAUUUUACGGUAGACAACUGCCGUUUACAGAUUCUGACGGGUUGUACGACUUUCCGAGUUCGGAUUGCGUGAAGGGGGCUAACAGCAAGCUUGGCAGUAACUGCCAGAAGAAGAGCGGCCGCAAGCGCGACCGACGCAACACGCGCACCGCCUCGCACGAAGUCGCCGGCACCGCCAAGUCCACGCUGCCGCACAUGCCGCACUCCAUGCAUAACUUGUUGGAGGUGCCAGGUUGUCGAGACGGAUCCACGCGGGGUCGUAAGGGCGGGCGCAGACGGUCACGCUCUCAAGCCCCAGCCCCGGCCACGUCAUCAUCAUCAGAAGAUUCCGUGUCGAACGCCAGCGUGGCGUCCGUCGCGUCUGCCAGAGAACUACGGCAACCUGAUAUGGAUAUGCAGCCUUGUGAGCCGAUGCGCUUGCGGAAACCGCUCAGGAGACAAAAAUGCCGUAGUUCUGAGGACACGUCGUCUAAAAUAUCAUCGAGUUUGGAUCUGACUGAAGACUCCAGAAAACCACAGAAGGUUAACAAGUUGCGGACGAUAAGCAAUCAGAUAAGAUUUCUCCGACGGCUAGAGCGCAGCUUGAAAAUGAAAGAAAGCUACCCAGCUCUUUCCGACGACGAAGGAGACGAGUCCUCGAGCGUCACUUCGCCCCUACUCCAAGGACGGAAGGACUUAAGCCGAGUGCCCAGCCACGCGAUAUCAGCUCCUCUACUUAGUGCAGUAAGACCCAAAAUCACAAGACAAAGACGUUACGAUAGGUCGUUGAUAAGUGAAGACACGAGGACUUUAAACACUGCCGCAGGACAAGACAAUUCUGACUGAACUUAGAACUUUUGUGUUACUUAAUACAGUGCCAUUUCAUUUCAAGUAAUAUGGAUAAAAAUCACAUAGUACAUAUUUGAAAAAUGUUUUCUUGAAUGACAUUAGUCGCUAAAGAAGUUAUUGAAGUUAAAGUUAAACCCUUUUUGGAAAUUACAAAUUGUCUCCAUGUUCUAUUAUCAAAUCGACAUGAGUAUACAAGAUUCUAAUCUAAUGUGAUAUAUUAAACUAAGCGACACGAAUACUAGGAAUGUUAUUGUUUUUAACUAAGAAUAAUAUUUAGGAAAUCGAACGUUUUAAUUUCCUUCAGUUCUCUUUUGAUGUCUCAAACUAAACGUAACUUAGCUUCAUGUUGUAAAUAAUUUUCUCGAUAGCAAUAACUUAUUUGUAGAAGAUUUUGUAGAAACAAUAUUUUACUGUAAGUAACUGUAGUGAGGUACUUUAAUGUAGGAUACAAGUUGACGCUAUCAUUUAUAACAUUGUACUAAAGUGUUUCUUUUUAGUCUCUACCUAUCUAGUUGUUUGAAAGUUUAAUUUUGCUUAAUUUGUAGUUUUUGUUAAAAUAUACUAUGUAUAAAAUGCUUUAUGUAAAUAUAUAUUAAACGUAUUGCUCAAAUGCAUAUUUUGUGAAAUCGUUUUUUGCGCACUUUUUGCUGUUUUGUAAAUAUAAUAUGUAACUUAUUAAUUAUUGUAAAUAUCGGAUUCGAGAGAAGUCUUUUCAUUUUUCUUGACAAAAAAUAUUACAUGUAAAAUGUUUUAGAUCGUAAGUAUAAAACAAAAUGAAAGGCCCAAAAAAAUCUGUAUACCAAUUGCACAAUUACUACUAUAUACACAUAUAUAUGAAUAUAAGCACUCAUGGUAUAUGUUAAGAUAUAUAUUGAUAUCUUGAAUAAGUAUGUACUUGACGCACCAAUAGAAUAGUUCGAUGCAUCUACGUCUAAAUAAACAUACACUGCGAGCCUGUAGUCCUCUUCAUAGGUCCUAACGACUAGUGCCCUGUUCUGUUGUAUCUUAAAGCAUAUUUAUUUGAAGCCAGAAUAGAAAACUUACCUAUAAUCGAAAUACCUAGUUUAGGUUAGCCUUAACAUAAUAUAAAAACCUUAAAAAAACGUUCCAUAUACCUUAGAUCCCUAGUAAUUACUUUAUUUUUUCUUAGACGUAAUCCAAUUCUGUCACGAUAAAGGAGAAACCAAAAUUAUUUUUUCCUUUUGAUUUGUCACUUUGUAAAGUUAGAUUUGUACCAGUACUUUAGAAGCUUAGAUACCUACAGUUUCAGCAAUAAUUUGAUGUGAUUUGACUGUACAAAGACUGACAUUGUUUGUGCACUAACAAAACUUAGAUAUCUGUGUUACGUUUCAAUGUAUAUCGUAAUAUGCGUAUUUAAUGUAUACAGUUAUCUUUUAUACCUAAGUAAGUCACUGUCUAUGUGUUCGAUGUUUAUAAUUUUAUUGUUAUUUCGUAAGGAAACCACAAGAAACGAGGCAUAUGUCUAAAUGUCCUAUUUCAUAUACUAACUGCAACAUCAGUUUCGUAAGUGGCCAUAGACAGAAAUUAAUAUUUUCUGUUAAAUUAUAACAAUAUAGCAAAGUAAUAAUGCUUUCUCUUUGUAACAAAAAUAAUUUAAAAAGUACCUAUAUCUUUCGAACUGUGGUGAAAGGCAAAUAUAGGCCAGUUCAUACAUAUUCUUUACUUUGUUAAUUUUAAAGCCUAACUCCCAAAAUAAAUAGAAAAAUCUCAUAGAUACAUUCAAAAGGUAACAAUAGUACAUUAUUUCCUGCCCAAUCUUACAAAUAUGUAUUCAAAGCUUAGAAUGCGUCUAAAUGUAAAAUAGUAUAAAAACUAAAAAUUAUGAAAAAUAAUGGCCUGUUCAUUGAGACUGAUUUUCUAAAACUUAACUCUUAAACGUCGCUUAUUUGUUUCUCGCUCGAUCGAUGUGUGAAUGUGUUUCAUUUCUCUGUCUAUAGUUUUAUUACUUGAGAUCUUGAGAUCUACGUUUCCGUGCCUUCGAAUCUGUCAAAAUUUAAAUUAUCUAAGUAUGAACAUUCGGCCGUGGUGAUUAGUCUAUGUUAGUCCAUAUUUACAGUCAACUGUUGUUCAACGUGUAAUGAACAGUUUAAACGUUACAAGUAUUUGGCUAGUUUAAUUCGAUAUUUUAUCAGAACAUAUUGUUAAAUUUUAUUUAAAUUUCAACUGACUUCAUAAAAAUAAGUAUUUCGUAAUAAUCGAUAACGGGCAAACGUAUUUGAUUGAAAUAACGAAAUUAAUACGAAUUAAAAAAUAUUACGAAAAAAAUAUAAUUUGAUGACGAAAUAUAUUUGCCUGUUGUUUAUUUGAAUUACAUAAUAGUAAAUAUGAUUAUCUAAUAUUUAAUCAACAUAGAAAACUCAAAAUUAGUAUCAUCGUGAGAGCACCCAAUUAUUGUAAGCAAUACGUUAUUAUAAAAUUAGUGAAUAAAAUAAUUGUAAAAUAAAAUUAAUAAAUUCUGUGAUUGAAAGCGUGCAGCUCAAAUGCGGUUAGAUGUUGUCUUACAGUUGCAUUAAAUUAUUAAUAUAAAAGAAUUUGCAGGCAAAAUAAACUGUUUAAAAACUAAAAAUAUAAUUUUGCAAGUAAUGAUUUUUCGAAAUUAAGGCAUUGAAAAUUAGGUACAUACGUAACAAGAUUACAAAAGAUUGGUUUGUUUUUAAUUUCGAACUUUACUUUUCGAACUUUACUGCAACAUGAGUCCUGCUUUUAAAAAAUAGGUUCAGUAACUAUAGUAGUUUUUAUUUUACCGUCAUCUUUUUAUGACUUUUAACUUACAAAAAAUAUUGAGACAUUGUUGUAUCAUUUAUUUCCAUUAUAUUACCGCAAAAGUUAGACAAAUGUAUCUGUGUACCGUCUUUUUCCGUAUUAGGUGAACGACGUCCGUAACAAUUAAAAGAUUAUUUAUAAAUGCAAUUUACUACUUAUGUUACGCAUAUUUUUUAUGAUCUCAUAAAUGAUUUAUUAUUUACAACUACCUAUACUUACAUUGUUCUUUUAAAACCAAAUUUUAAUGAAUUUCUUUAAAUUAAAAAUAUUAUUGAAUUCACAAAUUCGUUCUAAAUGGUGGAAGGUAGCACUAAGCGAGUUAUGUAAAUAUGUUUUACACCAUACGCAUAAUAAUUUAAGGUGUAUAUUCAAUAUAUUAACGUCUUAUUCACAAUGUAAAAUAUAAAGGUAAAUAAAUUUUGCUUGUUAUUU